AUGCAAUCAUUGCUCUUGGAUAGGAAGGUCAAUAGAAUAACGGGACUUCAGUUCUCUACCGCGAUUACAGAGUCAUUCUAUACAAACUUCAAACAACAAACAGGCCGUAAUGUAUUCCCCAAUAACCCACAUUCUAAUGCUGCAGUAAAUUCAUUAUCUCUUGAAAGUGAGAAUAGAUUUUUAUUGAGUGGGUGUGCAGAUUCUUCUAUAAAAUUAUGGGAUAUGAAACAAACCCAAAACGUAGAAUUGAUAGGAGACGAGAUGAUACGUAAUAGUAAUAGUAAUUCUGAAGAGUUUAUAGAGGAUGAGGAUGACGAAGUGCAAGAAGAUGAAGGUGAUAAUUAUAUUUAUGAUCAUCCAAAGUCAACUAUUGUCAAUAUAGCCACAAUCCCACGUAGGGCUGCACAUGAUUAUGGUGUAUCGUGCAUUCAAUGGUGGCCAUAUGACUCCGGGAUGUUUGUUUCAUCUUCAUUUGAUCAUACUGUGAAAGUGUGGGAUACAAAUGAAUUGGAAGUAGUACAUUCGUUUGAUAUGGAAAAUCGGGUAUAUUCUAUAGAUAUAUGUGGUAAUACUGUUAACACACGCACAUCGACUGCAUUGGUGGCAGUGGCUAGUGAUCAGCCAUUCAUUAGAAUCUUAGAUCUACGAACUACUGCGGCUGCCCACAGUUUAUCGGGUCAUAAGGGGAAAACUUUGAGUGUUAAAUGGCAUACCCAAAAUCCUAAUAUUUUGGCAUCUGGAGGGUAUGAUGGAGAGGUUAAAAUAUGGGAUAUUAGAAGAAGUCAAAGUUGUCUUUGUAGAUUGGAUAUGUUACGAACAAACUCAUCUUCUAAUGGAGAUGUUGAUGAUAUCCUUAAAAAAGCUUCGGUUAAGGCACACCUGGGACCUGUCAACGGGUUGGCAUGGGACCCAAUGGGCCAUACUUUAUACACCACAGGAAAUGAUGAUAAGAUCCGUGUAUGGGACAUGGUAUCAUCUUACGCACCUCCUAUAAAUAAAUUGGUCAAUUUUGGACCUUUGACUAGAAAUAAAUAUCCUCAAACAAUCCCAUUGUUAUUGAGUCCAUCCAAAGAAACUGAGUUACAAUACUUAAUGUUCCCCUCAGAUAAUGGAGAUAUAUUCAUAUUCAGGACUAUUGAUGGGAAAUUGGUAUCUAGAUUACUUAGAAAGGGUACAAAAAACAGUGGGAGAACAUCCUCCAUGGUUUACAUGGGAAAUUCGCUGGGGACAUAUCUAUGUGGAACAAUGGAUGGAGAAAUCAUAAAAUGGUCGCAUUCUCUUGACAUAUAG